AUGACAUCCAAGAAUACGCUGUCCUUCGGCCAGCGAGCCAGCAAUCAUCCCAAUGCGCUGGUAAAGAGACUAUUCCAGAUUGCGGAGCAGAAGAAGACGAAUAUCGUGCUGUCCGCCGACUUGACCACCACCAAAGAUCUCUUGGAGAUCGCAGACAGUCUAGGUCCCUACAUCGCGGUCCUCAAAACGCACAUCGACAUCCUCUCGGACUUUGAUACAUCAACGAUCCAAGGUCUGACAGCUCUCUCGCAAAAACACGACUUCCUGAUCUUCGAAGACCGUAAGUUCAUCGACAUCGGCAACACCGUGCAGAAGCAGUACAAAGGCGGCGUGCUGCGAAUCCACGACUGGGCGCACAUCGUCAACGCCAGCGUCCUCGCCGGCGAGGGCAUCAUCCAGGCUCUGGACCAGACGAUUCACGACCACGCAGGUGUCUCGGAGGACCGCGCCAUCCUCAUCCUCGCCGAGAUGACGUCCAAAGGCUCCCUCGCCAUCGGCGACUACACCCGCGCCUCGGUGGAGAUCGCGAGGAAAUAUCCCCAGACCGUCAUGGGCUUCGUGUCGACCAAGGAGCUGUCGAGCUAUUCCUCGGACCAAUCCACCGUGACGGCCGACAACGAGGACUUCGUCGUCUUCACCACCGGCGUCAAUAUCUCGAGUAAAGGCGACGCGCUGGGCCAGCAAUAUCAGACCCCGACCAGCGCCAUGGCCGGCGGCUCCGAUUUCCUGAUCGCCGGUAGAGGCAUCUACGCCGCUGCCGAUCCCGUCGCGGCCGUCAAGGAAUACCAGGCCGCUGGGUGGGAGGCAUAUGAGCAGCGGUGCUCGAGGGCGACUUCGUCUGCUUGA